AUGCAUGCCCUACAGACAAUCGAGCCGGGACCCCCCGGGGCAGCCAGGCAGUCAAGCAAACCCCGCGUUGCACCACCCCGCCCACCACCGUGCCCAAGGAAAAGACACAAGUCUAACAAGUGGAAGGGCGGCAAAGAAAGGCCACAGCACGCACAGCAAAGAGGCCACACUCCCCCCAGAGAUGCAGAGCCACCAACAUCCAUGCCAGCCAAUCCGAAACGACAGAGCCAAGCCAAGCUGUGGUUCCCCCCGAGCCAACGCCACAGCAAGACCACACAUUCUUCCAUACAUCGUUUGCAUAAGACAGAGAGGCCCAAUGCAACCACUGAGCCCAGCAAAGCCCGCCCUGCUGUACAAAACACGGCGGCCAGAGUCGCCACGCACAGGACCACCACCCCGACACCACAGCACGCCAAACAGCGGAGGACAAAGCCCUGCGAGAAAACCCACACCGAAGCCCACAAAAGGCAGAGAGCCCACAGAGCCAAAACCAAAACCCACCAAGAAGCAGAGACCAGUCCACCACGAGAUCAGCCCCGGCCAGCCUGCCUGCCAAACCAUGCAGACCCCUCCAACCCCCCUCCCCCAGACAGAACCGGGACCGGCGUCAAGAACCAGAAUCUAGACAAGGAACCAGAAUCCAAACCAGAACCACCUAGGUCCAAACGAUGCCCAUCCCCACCCAAGACUAACCACCCACUUCCAUGGCGGAAGAAAACCCCAACUUUCGAACAAGUCCCAGAACACAUAAGACAUUAG